UUCACUUAGCCUAGUUGGCGCAAAUAUUUGGACCUCCCGCGUUACUAAUUUUUCGACCCGCCCAAUAACAGAUUCCGAUACCCACUAGGGCUCUACUUUCCACCUUUUUAAUCGUCAAUGAUUUUCCCCCAAUUCCAAAUUGCCCUAUUCUUCUUCCUUCAAAUCGACCUCGAUUUUUUCUCUAAACAUUCGAAUUAAUCUUCGAUUCGUCUAAUUCCUUCUCUCCUCUAUCUACUGAUACCUCUUUUGGCUAUAGCCGUUUUGUGAAUCCAAUUUCGAUUUAGGGUUUCAGAUCUCUUCUUUAUCUUCUAGAUCUGUUUGAUUCAUAGGUUGAUUUGUAAAAUUGAGUCGUUAUUAUACCUUAAUUUUGUUUUUGCUCUCUGUUUUGGGGAAAGAAAAUUAGGGUUGAUCUUCUUCCGAUAUAAUUAGGUUGUGGAUUUGGGAUUUCUUCUUUAAUCCGUUUCCUUUCGCCUUCAAUUUAUUUUUCUUGAACCAAUUUUUGGUUGAUUUAAUUAAUUGAUUAUCUGAAUUUGGGGAUCUAGGGUUAGGGUUUUCAUUAAAUUUGCAAUUCAUAUUUUUACCAGUUGUUUUUUUUUUCCAAAAAAUAAAAAUAAAUAGAAAUAAUUUUACCGGAAAUUCUAUUCCGGUCCUCGAGUGGUUCUAGUUGGUACAAAUUGAAAGAUUCGCUACCCCAAUUUUGACGAAGACCCGUUAAAGCUAAUUAUGUUGCAAAAAAGGCCUUUCGGUGAAGAGGAUUUGUAUGAGGUUUCAUCUAAGCAACCAAGACGUGAAGCCAGCUGUCAGCUAGUUUCAACUUUGGAACUUUCUCGUGAAUCACUGGGUGUGGAGGCUUAUGCUUCAGGUGGUGAUGAGGACAACUCUUCAAGAACCAUCCCUGAUGCUAACAAGAAACCUGAUAGUCACAAUGUGGCUGAAGUUCUUUUUUCUUCUGAGAAGGAAACUGAGAUGGGCAUUCAUGGAUCUGCUUCAAACUCUUCCUGGCCCACUAGUAGCACCAGUGAGGAAGACAUCAGGCCUGAGGCGCCUUUUCACAUAUUGACGUCUCCUGAAUAUUACUAUUUUGAUCAUCCGUUCAGGGCUGCUGCUCAUCACAGGGAGAUAUAUUCUUCUCUUUUAAGUAAUCCUCAAAAGAUGGUCCCCAUUGGACCCGAUUUUCAGGCAGAAUUACCAGAAUGGGGUGCAUAUAUUGAUAAGGAUAAACCGUGCAUAGAGGGUAUACAUGAAACUCUGAGUCCUUCAUCUCAAGCCUAUGAAAAUAAAUUUGCUGGAAGGAGUGUCAUUCCGAUGCCUAAAAUGGAGCUACUUGCAGAUGAUGGCGAGAAUGUUGGAGAGAGAAGAGUUGAAUGUUCCUGUGAAGAUAUAGGUUCCAUAAGAUGCGUUCGGCUACACAUCAUCGAAGCAAGGGAAAAACUAAAGCUAGCCCUUGGAGAGGAAGCAUUUGUUAGGUUGGGUUUUUGUGACAUGGGAGAGGUAGUGGCAGAAAAAUGGACUGAAGAGGAAGAGGAAUUAUUUCAUGAGGUUGUAUUGUCCAAUCCUGCAUCACUAGGCAAGAAUUUCUGGAACCAUCUUGCUAUUGAGUUUCCUUCACGGAGUAGGGAGGAACUUGUCAGCUAUUAUUUUAAUGUCUUUAUUUUGCGAAAACGCGCUGAGCAGAACAGAUAUGAUCCACUGAACAUAGACAGUGAUAACGAUGAGUGGCAUGAGACUGUUGAUGAUGCUGAUGAGAGUGCUAAAAUGACGGAUGAAGAUGAGGAUUCUGUGGUUGAAUCCCCUGCAUAUCACAAUGUUCUCAGCUACAAUAUGAUCUAUGAGGAGCACGAUAGACGAUCAUAUGAUGAGGAUGUGGGUGAUGCAACAUGGGAAGAUUAUAAGCCUGUAAAUUUUGGUGGCAGGAAGGUCUUCACUGAUGUGCCGGAAUCAUAUCCUGCUAAGUUGUUUGAUAGUAACAGCAGUUAUAAACUUAGUAUGCAGCCUCAAGACCAAGGACUACCAAAUAAAGUGGUUGAGCAAGAAAUCCAAGGUGGCUCCUGUACCACUGAUGCAGCCGGGGUUACUUCAGAAUCAUCACUAGGGAAGACCAAUGAUGGUAAACAUUGGGCAAGCGAUAUUGCUGGUAUGGGCAGUGGCACCAAGCAUGAUAGUCUGUUGGAGCCGUGUAGUGGCAAAGAAUGGGAUGUUGGGUACUUGAGGUGUGCCAGAAAUGAAGUUGAUUUGUUACCAACCCACACUAUGAUUGAAGAAGUCUUUGGUGAUGGAGCCUCGAUAUGCAAGAGCCGAGAUGGUUAGGGUUUAAGCUAAACAAAAAGAAAAAGAAAAAAAGAGCGUGAAUUCUUUUAUUCAGGAGUUAAGCUAAGUUUUGAAUCAAUCUGGUGAUGCGCUUCAUGAGCAGGCUCCAGUUUUCCUUGUAUAUUUAUAAUGGUGGGAGUAAUUUUUUUUUACCCAGAUGUAAGAAGUGGCAUUGCAAGGGUGUUACAUGAGCUGAUGGAUGCUAAACUUUUGGAACUGUACAGUAGCCAUUAUUUACUUUAACACCAGAUUCCUGGGAAGCUGUUCUGACUGACAGUAGGUUGUUAGAAUUUAUUUGUAAAGUUGAAUUAUGGCCAAUUGAGCCAUAUUUCCAAAUAGGGGGGAUGAAGAUCCUUUUAAAUUUUGAUAUACGUAAGUUUUAGUGGUUC